AUGGGUUCCUCCGGUUUGAUCAGAGAGAACUGGGGGUUGAUCCAGCAAGCCAAGUCGUUGUUCUGGUCGGAUCAGCCCGACUCAGAAACAAGACCGCUCGAGUUCAUCAACCGGAACUUCUCCAUUUUUGACAUCGACAUCAUUGCCGGCGUGCAGGAAGAGGAUCACAGCUCAUACAAUGACGACAAGAAACAUGUUUUUGGUUCUAGCAAGAAGAAGCAAGGAGCUCCGAACCCAAACCCAGACUUCGCAGAUUCCGACUGCCAGAUUAAAACAUCGCCGAAGAAAAGGGGUCGGAAACCCGGGCUGGGCAGAGGCACUCCGCUCAACCACGUGGAGGCGGAGCGGCAGCGGCGGGAGAAGCUCACCUCGCAAGGGUGA